AUGGACAGUAAUAAAACUAGUGCAGUAUUUCACACACUCACCUGUGCAUCCGAAAGGAUUAAAAGCUCUGUCUGUCUUCUAGCCUGCUAGCUUGUAUAUAUUUAGCGAUUCCAUGUCAACUAUUCUGGGAUACACAAGUGUCACUGUGAAAGCAGUGUCGAGGUGAUAAACACACACAUGGGUGGUUAGUGGACUUGUUUUGUAUUCUACACAAUAUGUUAGUAGGAAAUUUGGUUGUUUUAAAUAAACACUGCAUAGGUCAUGUCACACUACAUUCCCCUGAUUAACACUAUUUAUGUUAAUACGACAUCAGACUUAGAGUUUUUAAUGGGUUUAGUGAUCAUGUGAAGCUUUUGUGAGCUCUGCCACUAAAAAUUCCUUUUCCACAGAAAGGUACAGACUGCAAAGGUGCAGCAGGUGUUAAAACUUGUCUUUUAACUACAGUAUGCAUCAGUCCCAGUUCUUGAGUUCCUAAUAGUUAACAGGUUCCUGAGAAAGGUCCUAAAAGGUUCCUUGAAGAGUUGAAGCAUGCACCAUGACAUCCAUGUAAAUAAAAACGUUGUCUUAACACUACGUGACCAACACUUCUAGAGAAUCUCUAGAAGUACAUGUAUUAUGGAGCUCAGUAAUUGGCUUAUCUGCUGAUGAUGUCAUUAUCAUCGUCUUAUUAUCCUUCAUCCAAACGCACAGAGCUGGAUAAAUGUGUGUGGUUUGGUUUCUACACCGGAAAGGUGUGUGUGUGUGUGUGUGUGUGUGUGUGUGUGUGUGUGUGUGUGUGUGUGUGUGUGUUCAGGCAAAAAUUAAAGAGGUGGCUUAGGCACUGCUUGAUGAUUGGCUGAACAAAGUCAGGGUCAGAGGAUUAAAGGAUUUUCACCUCAGAGCCGGAGAGAGAUAGAGAGAGAGUACAAUGUGCAAGUGAGGGACAAGUAGAUUCUGAGAACAUGAGGGAGAAACUGCAUUAGAGGAAGAGAGACAAGCAAGAGAAGGAGGAGUGUAAGAAAGAGGGAUGUAUGAGAUAUUUAGAUGCUAAGAAUGAAUGAUAAGAGUGGAACAGACAGACAGAAAACAGAAAAUACUGCAUAAGACACAGACAGACAGACAGACAGACAGACAGACAGACAGAGGAAGACAGAUUUGAGCUCUAACUUAUAAUCCAGUUCUUUCAAGACAAAUAGAGCAGAGCGUGCAGGUAGAUGCUAGCAAAGAAAGAGUGAAGAAAAGCAUUGUGUAUGUGUGUGAAAUUUUGCAUCCCAGCCAACAUCAUGCUGGAUGAGGUAGAGAUCGACCCCGUAACCCUGAAUCUCAUCAUCCUCGUCACCAGCUACAUGAUCCUGCUCCUCGUCUUCCUCAUCUCCUGCAUGAUGUACGACUGCCAAGGCAGAGACCCGAGCAAAGAGUACGCUCCCGAUCCUAUACCCGGCACCAACCACACGCCCAUCCGCCUCAUCGUCAUGCAGAGCUCACCUGCCUGCUGGGACAACACCAGAGCAGCUGCAGAGCAAAGAGAGAAGAAGACCACAGUGGUGUAGAGGAGUUACUUUCAGAAUGAACGUAUAUGUAUAUAUUCACUGACAGAAAAAAGGAGACAUUUUGGAGACUCAUGAACUAUAAUGGCGGGUUUUCUGCUGCCCUGUGUUGUUUUGA